GACGCGUGGCCGCCCCCGGGGCCCCUUCCCCCAACCGUCCCCCGGGACCGCUCCCGCCGGGGCCGGGCGCGCACUCAGCCGAGCCGCUUGCUCCCGGGCCGCCGGGGCCCGAGCCUCCCUGCGCCCGCGGGCCCGACGGGGCCGGGAGAGCGCGGCCAAGGUCGCCGGGACCCCUGAGCCGCCCGACCCCGGCGCGGCGCGGGCCGGGGGAGGGGAGGGGAGGCCGCACCGCCCGGAAGGAGAUUUUUUUUUCGGACGCCCCGCCCUGGUGGGUGCGGGCUGCCGGCGGCGUGGAGGGGCGGGACCUCGGCGCUUCGGUUGUUUCCGCAGCCUUGCUGCCUUCUCUCUGAACGCGGCUUCCCACCCGCACUCGCUCCGUGUCCUGGGAAGGUCACCUCUCCCUUCUGAACCUCGGUUUUGUCUUCUGCAAGCGGGGACUGUAACAGAGCCCGUGUCGUAGCGUUGGGCAGCUGCGAUGAGUAGUGACUGAAGGAAAACCACUAAAAAGGAAAAGAACAUAACAUUUUUCUUGGAGCUGGCAAAAAUGGGAGAUCCUAGCUUAAAAGAUGAUGACGGUGGAGACCACGAUCAGAAUGAAGAAAACAGCACACAGAAAGAUGGUGAGAAGGAAAAAACAGAACGAGAUAAGAACCAGAGCAGCGGCAAGAGGAAGGCUGUUGUCCCUGGACCAGCAGAACAUCCCCUGCAGUACAACUACACCUUCUGGUACUCUAGGAGAACCCCCGGCCGUCCCACCAGCUCACAGAGCUAUGAGCAGAACAUCAAGCAGAUUGGUACCUUUGCCUCGGUGGAGCAGUUCUGGAAGUUUUACAGCCACAUGGUACGUCCUGGGGACCUGACAGGCCACAGUGACUUUCAUCUCUUCAAAGAAGGAAUUAAACCUAUGUGGGAGGAUGAUGCAAAUAAAAAUGGUGGCAAGUGGAUUAUUCGACUUCGGAAGGGCUUAGCAUCUCGCUGCUGGGAAAAUCUAAUCCUGGCCAUGUUGGGGGAGCAAUUCAUGGUUGGGGAGGAGAUCUGCGGGGCUGUGGUCUCUGUCCGCUUUCAGGAGGACAUUAUUUCUAUAUGGAAUAAGACCGCCAGCGACCAAGCAACCACAGCCCGAAUCCGGGAUACUCUUCGGCGCGUGCUUAACCUACCUCCCAACACCAUUAUGGAAUACAAAACUCACACCGACAGCAUCAACUGGCGUCAUCGGAGUCUCUUGUUCUGUUGGCGUGCCACCUGGAAGACCCUUCUGUCCUGGACAAGAGGAACGGAAGAGCAUGUUAUGCUUUGAGAACAGGCUGACAGCAGCAGCUCCAACAACAGCUGAGAUCACAAAUAAAUGGUGCUAAACCAGCUUGUCUCAUGCUCUUGCUCUUUAUGGUGCAUCAAGAUGUGGCCUUUGGAUUGACUGUCACCAUUACCAAGGGAUGGCACACAGACUUCUCCAUGCAGGGCCAUUCAGGGAAUCCACAAGCCUAUUGUGUAAUCAUAUGGUACUUUAUUCUUGGACUCUUGCGGUGUGACAUAAGGAGAUGACAUCUAACAAAGUAAGCCCCGACUGCCUGGUGCUCAAGUGUAUUAGUUUCCAUCCAGUUAGACCGAUGGCUGGCCCAGAGUAGCAGCUGAGUUCAGGUCCAGCUUGAAAGUCUCUUAAGGUUGGAGAAGAGGUAUUCUUGACUUUUCUUUGCUAAUUUCCAUUUGCUUUUAGUUCAUAGAAAUCUCUUGCUUGGAGCUAAAGCCCUGCUUCUGUCUGUCUGUGGCUGUACAUACAUACUUUUUUGCUUUAUGCUAAUGGGGUAUUCUCUCUGGUGCCAAAGCCGCUUGGCAGCCUCCUCCCUUUCCUUGCAGAGUAGAUUGUCUUUCUCUUUGGUAGUCUUGCUUGGUGAGAGCCCUUCCUUCCUCCUCCUAGCCCAGAGGUACUGUGCCAGUUCUAGUGUAAGAGGUGCCUUCAUCUUGGGGAAAUUUACCCCUGAGGUAAUCUGAAUGUACACUUGCCUUGUGAGUACUAUGGCUUUGCUUAUGUGUGUGUGCAGCUUGGCUUUCAGGACUUACUCUGCAUGGAGAGUUUCAGCGAGCUUUGUUGGCUACCCCCAAAACUAAAAAUUAAAAAGCAUUUUUGUUGCUUGAGUGGGAAGUAACUACAAGGUUGAGUUUUCCAGAGUGCCUCGUCCAGUCUAUCAGCAGCACACUCCUUAAUACCAGCUGGCUGACUUAAUCCUGGUCUUUGUGUGACCCAGGAUUCCACAGAACACACAGUGAGACCUUAGACUCUGUGUUCUGGAAAUGUUCUUGCCAGUGCUGCUUCAUCACAUUCUCCAAAUUGACGUAUCUAGAAAAAGGAGAUUUGCUGGGAUGCAGAAAGCCUGUCGUCUGUUGAGCACAUGUCAAACACUGGCUUUCUUGGGCCUUUGACCUUAUCUUUCACCGUGGGGUACGUGUGCAUUAUAGCUGUGCCAGCAAAUAAACUUGAUGCCACUUUCCAGAGUUGGUGCCUAUCAGCAGCAGACUGAGGUGAGACCCCUUCAGGUGCCGGCCACUGGGGAGGUGUCAGCACGGCUGCCUUGGUCUCUUCCUUGUGGCUCCCAGCAUCCGCUGAGACUCGAGAACACCAGCAGUAAUGGCUGUCUCCCACGUCCUCUGGAGAUGAGGGCAGCUAAGAGUGAAGGGCAUGUGUUUAGGAGUUGCUCAGCUUCCUCACUCAAGCAUUACCCCAGCUGUCUGUUCUGUGUUUCAGCCAAUUUCUAGUGUCUGUCACCUGUGUGUCUUUCCAGCCUUCCCUGAUCACCUGCCUGCUGUGGUUUUCUGCAGCAUUGCCCCACAGACAAGCUCCUUUGCUUGGUCCUUGUGCUGCUCACUAUUCCAAAGAAAGACAGAGCUUACUCACUUGUGUUCAUGCCAGGUCACCGCUCUAGAACUUGCCAUGUCGUCCACACUGGACCCCAACUCACAUCAGAGUGCUGGGAUUAGAGGUGUGUGCCACCGUGCCCAGUUCAUGCCUAGCUCAUGGCUCCUCGUCAUGAAGCAGAUUUGCGUUUUCAUAGGUUUGGGUCCUCACAUCAAAUGGCUUACUCCAUCCUCUAUUUGAGGAGAAAAUUCAUAGCAACCAGAAUUCUGGGGCCACCAGGGUACUGCUGACUCAAAGGUAGUUAACACAGCAUUGUCUUGUGAGAAAAUUGCUCUUUGGAGUUGCCUCACUGAUUUCUUGUGCAUCUGGUCUGGAUUCGCAAAAGGGCCUUCUUCCCAUAAUGGAGCACAGUGCUGGAGAAGACUGAUGGGAUUUCUCUGCAGAAUAAGAGAGAAGGAGAGAGACAGGCCAAAUGUAGAGACUUACUUUACUUGGUUGGCUGUCAUUGUAUUUCAGCAUUGGGCUUUAAUAUGCAUAUGAGGGCCAGUGCACUCACUCUGUCAUAGUUCAGUCAUAACUUGGUGGUAGUGGGCCACUUUAGAUUAAUGGCUGCCUAGCCUUGCAUUGUACCCUGUGCCCAGUUUAGCAGGUGGCUGAACCCCUUUCUAGAUGUUGAGGGCUGGCUGAGAACAAGGCAGUGGUGCCUGUAGGCUUUGGGCAGGGGUAGGGAGGCAUGGACUUACACAUAAAUGAGGUCCCUCUGAGAAUUUGCUUUCUGCUAAGUGAGAUGGGAUCAGUUGCUGUCACUGGAUCUGCUUAGAAUUCCCAGUCGGAGCCGGGCAAUGGUGGCACACGCCUUUAAUCCCAGCACUCGGGAGGCAGAGGCAGGCAGAUCUCUGUGAGUUCGAGACCAGCCUGGUCUACAAGAGCUAGUUCCAGGACAGACUCCAAAACCACAGAGAAACCCUGUCUCGAAAAACCAAAAAAAAAAAAGAAUUCCCAGUCGGCUGCAUUAAUCUCUGGUUUGUUUUUAGAUGCUCAAAGCAUAAAACAAUUUUUAGGAUAAAUUUAUUUAUUUAUUUAUUUAUUUAUUUAUUUAUUUAUUUAUUUAUUUAUUUUUGGCUCCCCAUCAGGGAAUCGAACCCCGGUCUCCCACGUGACUAGGAUAACUUUAAAGAAGGAAGUUUUGAUGUUACCUAAUGUACUUGGGAUGCCAAGGGAAGGGAAAGUAACUAGAAAGUCCCAUCUGGUUGGCCUAUGAGAGUAAGAGUAAGUACACCAAGUGUUAUAUUUCUCCUGAGUCCAUGCAAGGAAGUUUCCAAACCCAGAGUCUCCAUGUCUGAGCUUAGUUUAUUGAGUGUACUGGAAGGAUCUCCAGAUCUGCACCCAGUGAUCUGUUGUUAGGCAGAUGUAGUAAGGAUGGAGCCUUCUGGAAACAAAAGAAAAAAUGUGAUGGACUUCAAUCGUGCUCUGUAAUUCCCUGCUGACCUCUAAGUUACUUACAGUGGAAGUUAAAUCUUGCUGUUAGAGAAGUUCCCAGGUCACUGUCCAAGCAUUGAGUUUUCACUCGUAGUGGAGCUCUCCAGUGUCCCUUAGGAACCCAGAGUACAACUCAUCACUGUCUCCACAAAGCUUGGAGCUGACAAGUUCUGGCAUGCUUCCUAAAUAGCCUUAGAUUUCCCUUUGAGUAAGUUCUCAUAAACUAGUAGCUUUGAUAAUAUUCUGGGGGAAAACAAAUACUGCUAUUUUGCAGAGGGAAAAUACUGAAGAAACUGGGACAGACAUUACGUAGUCCUUAAUAACUUUACUUAGUUUUGAGACGUGAUCUUACAAUGUAGCCCUGGUCAUCCUGGAAUUUACUAUAUAGACCAGCUGACCUCAAGACUCUACAGAGAUCCACCAUCCUGUUUCCCAAGUACUGAGAUUAAAGGUGUGUCCCACUUUACCCAGGUCACCAUUCCUUUUUUUUUUUUUUU